AUGAGUCGGUUUCCUGUUGGAGUGGGCACCAGUUGCGCUGUCGACAACGAUUGGAUAAUUACUUACACAGGGCGCCCUACUGGUGCUCGGUUUCGUCUCCCCGCACCCGCUUGCGAGGCUCUGUCACGCCCCAGCGGGUUUCACAGUUCCGAGUCGUUGCCAGAACUGUUCAAAUACGACGCUUUGCUACAGACAUCUGACAUUGGAGUGGCAAGCCCUGUGGUGAAUCUUGCGCUGUUAAUUUUGUCAGUUGUGGCUUUCUGGCCAGAUAGGCACCACGAAGGAUUGCUCCUGAAGUAA